GUGAUGACGUACGAUUUGUCACUGAAGCAUGUAGGGAAGUGCCAGCAUGGCAAAGUGGAGGCCAUUCUCCGUCUUAAUUUGGGGUAUUGUUUGGUUUUCUCUCGUUUCUUUCAUUUAUUUUGUUUUCUAUGAUAAUAGUAUAGGUAGUAGCAACAAUCAGUCAGAGUCUGUAGAAGUUAAACAUGCAGUUGAUAAGAGUUUUGACAAGCAGCGUCUAAGUAGUAUUGACAACGCAGUGAAGCCCGCACAACCAAUCAAUAUCGUCGGGGAAAGUCAUAACAAGAAGGCUGUACAGCAGAAUAACGAAGAUCCUGGACCUCAAAAAGUUGCUGGCAAUUAUGUAAAUAAAUUCAACCCAGACGAGAAAGCACAUAUUUUUCAUGAAACUGAUAAAACAAACGAUGGUGAAGUUCUUAAGUCGCCUGAUCGAAAUGAUGCAGUGUUGAAAAAAUCGAGGGAAAUCCGAUUGAGGGGUGGGAAUGUUCGACUUGGCCCCCCUGACGGGUUAGGACGACAUAAUCUUGACCCGAAAAAUGCUCUGCCUCUGCAUAACGGACUUCAUCGCGCACGAACUGGGCCUGGAGAAGAUGGAAGACCUGUUCACUUGACAGGGAAAGAAAAACAGAAGUCAAUAGCUGAUGCAAAGUUACACGGAUUUAGCCUGAUUGUUAGUAAUCUGAUUUCAGUUGAAAGAACAGUAAAAGAUACCAGGGAGCCAAUGUGUCGAUCAAUGCAUUACAAGCCUCCUUUACCCCCGGUUUCAGUCAUCGUUGUCGUGCACAACAUUGUCUGGUCUGUCCUGUCCAGACUUCUUCACGGUAUUGUGAGUAGAACGCCAGAUCAACUGCUGUUUGAGAUCUUAUUGGUUGAUGACUACAGUGACAACGCUGAAUUUUUGAAACACUUGAAAGAUUUGCCUGAUAAACUGAAACCUAAAGUGAAUGUUCUGCGAAUGAAGGUCAGACAUGGUCAAAAUAAAGCGAGAAUGGAAGGCGUCCGUGCUGCCAAAGGGGAUGUUGUUGUCUUUCUUGACCCUUACUGCGAAGUUGGAGUUAAAUGGCUGGAACCACUCCUUAACCGGUUGAACUACAACAAUACCAUCAUCGCGACACCGGUCAUUGAUAGGGUGGAUACAGAAACAUUUGAACAGUUUAGAAGUCAGCCAGUUCGUGGCGGUUUCAAGUGGAACCUAGACAUGAGGUGGAUGAUGCUAGGACUGGAUGAGAUUAAAGCCCGUCAGAAAGACACAACAGUGCCAUACAUAACUGCUGUCAUUAUGGAGACAACCUUUGCAGUGCAUAAGAAGUUUUUUGAACACAUUGGCAUGUUUGAUGCUGGAAUGGAUGGUUGGGGUGCAGAAAACAUUGAACUCUCCUUCAGGACAUGGAUGUGUGGUGGUAGCAUAGAAGUUGUUCCGUGUUCCCGUAUCUUCCAUCUUUUCCGUGGCGUUCAACAGUAUUCAUAUCCUAAUGGAAUGCAGGAGGGCUUCAUCCGUAACUCAAUGCGAACAGCUGAGCUGUGGAUGGAUGGCUUCAAAGUCAAGUUCCUAAGCACCGUACCAAAAUCAAUCCUGGAUAAGUCAUAUGGUAGCUUAGCUGUACGUCAGGCUCUUAAGAAAGGCUUAAAGUGCAAGAACUUUGAUUGGUACCUGAAGACAGUGUAUCCUUACCCUCUGCUCUCAAGUAAUACAAUGAAGGCAUUCGGACAGGUUUUCAAUCAAGAAACAGGACUAGGUCUUUGUUUGGAUACUUAUUCACAUACAGCAGGCUCUUCUUUGUAUUUGAAUACAUGUGAUCGAGCCAGUCUAACCCAGGUGUUUAGUGUUUCCUCCCGUGGUGAACUUAAGUGGAAUAACAUUUGCAUUGAGGUUCCCGUCAGCAAGUACCGAAGUGGCGUUCAGCCACGACUAGCUGAAUGCUCAAGAUCUGGUAGUCAUCAGUCCUGGAUACAUUCAGAGCCUGGCUGGCUGUUACACAAAGGCAGCGGACUCUGUAUGAGCUUCGUCAAAGGAAGCUCACCGGUGCUGGCCGUCAUGAACACAUGCGUUGAAAGCGCAACACAGAAAUGGAAAUUCAGCUUAUAUCAUGAAAUCUGAGAUAUAUUCCUUCUUUGGUACUGUAAAAGUGAAAAGGCAUUUUAUUUUUUCUUUUAAUUGAAUAGGUUUUCUGGCAUUUUUAUCUUCAGGAGCAGAUUUAGGGAGGUGGCACGGAGGCAUGUGCCUCGUUUUUUCAUUGCCGUCUUUCAUUUUUAACAGAAAAAAUACAAAUGGCAUACAAAUACUUAAUGUUACAAUAUUUCAUAACAGCACAUGAAUCAUAUAUUAUAUACUAUUUUAUGCUUAUAUGAAAUUAGUGCCCCCUCAUUUUAAAAAUUCUGGAUCUGCUUCUGAUGUAACUUUUUGAAAUAUAACAUUUCCACUUUUACAGUAUUUUGCUGUUUUUAUUCUCAUGUUAAUAUUUUAACUUUUCUAAUGAAGACUUCAUCAGAUCUUUCAAGCUGCGGGGGGCGCACACUCUGUUGAAUGAAAAUCAUCGGCGUAUUGUGUGCUUGGCUUUAAUGUAAGUUAAUUUGUGGAUGUGAAGAUAUACAUCAGUACUUUGGCAAAUUGUAAGCCUCACUGCAAAAGUACUUAUCAUAUUCUUUAUAUAUCAAGUUAUAUGAAAUAAUUUUCUUUGAACAAUAUAAACUGGUGCAUUUUUAUUCUGUACAUGGACUAUUAUUGUCUAAAUAUUUUAGAUUUUUAUCACGUCUUUCUUACACUCCUAAUUGCUGAAGUGCAGCUUCUGAAUUUGAAUAUGUAUUUUCUUUUUAUUUAAAAAUUUGUAUUUAUUAUUUAGUGGUUUUAUUUUUAGAUAAUAGAUUUACUUUCUUAAAAUAUUCAAUGCAAUACAAAAAAUGGUGCUAUUAUUUUUUUAUAUGUUUUUAAUGUGACUUACGAUUUGUCACACUGUACUUUCGAUUCUAACUGCUGGCAUACCUGAGGAUUUUCAAUGUUUUAUUAACCAUCUCUUUAUUGUCAGGGCAAGUUUUCUUAGGCAGGAAUUAAAGAACAAUAUUUGAAUACAACUGGGAAGGGGACUGCUUUUUCUAAACCUAUUUCUACCAGGGUUCCAAGUUGGAAAAAUCCACAUGUGGGAGAUCUGUUUAAAUUUACUUUCUUAUCACAUCUAUUAUAUUUGAGAUUCUCGCUUGCUCAUAAGAGGCCUUCUCGAUUUCCGGGAAACCCCUGGGACGCCUGUUUCUACUUUGUGCUGCACACUUCUUCAUUAGAUCCAAAAAAUAUCAGCAGAUUGUCAACCCCGUGAAAAUAGAGGUGACAGCAGAGCUAUGGCUUACUUCCGUGCCUUCUGUUCCCAUUCCUUAGUUCCAAUACUGUCAAAACCUGGAUGUUUUUUACUACCGUCUGUCACAAACACAUCACUGGUUAGUAAAUGCAUAAGUAGCCUUGGUCUAAAUUGAGGCAUGUUGUGGCGAAAUGGUAAAGUUGUCGCACAGUCCAGUAUUGAGUAAAUGAGCUAUAAAAUAUGGGAGCUCAAAAAAUUGCUAAAAAAUCCAAAUUUAUUUUUUACUAUAGGUCAACA